CCUGUAAAGACUGUAGAGGAAGCAGAAAGGGUGAACGGUCGGACAACAGCGGCACUUUUCCUCGAAGAAAAACCAUUAUUACAAGUCAAAUAUUGGAUCAACGAAUAUCGCUGCUUUGGUGUCUACAUAUGAAAGUGCGGUUUCCUGAUAGAAAGAGUUUCGGCUCCAGAACGUAGUAUCCGGUACAUUAUUCUCCGCGUGUUGGUAAUCACACUACGUUGUAGAUGAAGGAACCGCCAUCUUGGAGUGUGAACCACAAAGAAAUGGCUCAUAUUGCGGACUCUACAGGUCUAGCAGAGCUUGCUCAUCGAGAGUACCAGGCAGCAGACUAUGAGCAUGCUGAACAGCACUGUAUGCAGUUAUGGCGGCAAGAACCCGACAACACAGGGGUUCUUUUGCUUCUCAGUUCUAUCCACUUCCAGUGCAGGAGGCUUGAUAGGUCUGCAUACUUCAGCCAACUUGCCAUUAAACAGAAUCCCAUGCUAGCAGAGGCAUACUCAAAUCUAGGCAAUGUAUAUAAGGAAAGGGGACAAUUGCAGGAAGCACUAGAUAAUUACAGACAUGCUGUGAGGUUAAAACCUGACUUUAUUGAUGGAUAUAUCAACUUAGCAGCAGCCUUGGUGGCAGCAGGGGACAUGGAACAGGCGGUGCAAGCAUAUGUGACUGCGUUACAGUAUAACCCAGACCUGUAUUGUGUGAGAAGUGAUCUUGGUAACCUCCUAAAAGCUCUUGGAAGGCUGGAUGAGGCCAAGGCCUGCUAUUUAAAAGCUAUCGAGACAUGUCCAAACUUUGCCGUGGCAUGGAGCAACCUAGGAUGUGUGUUCAACGCUCAGGGCGAAAUCUGGCUUGCUAUUCAUCAUUUUGAGAAGGCUGUUGCAUUGGACCCUAAUUUCCUGGAUGCCUAUAUUAAUCUGGGAAAUGUAUUGAAAGAAGCAAGAAUAUUUGACAGAGCUGUUGCUGCGUAUCUCCGAGCUUUGAAUCUCAGUCCAAACCAUGCAGUUGUACAUGGUAACCUGGCUUGUGUUUACUAUGAACAAGGACUCAUUGAUCUGGCGAUUGACACAUACAAGAGGGCAAUAGAACUGCAGCCUAACUUCCCUGAUGCCUAUUGUAAUCUUGCCAAUGCUCUGAAGGAAAAGGGUCAGGUGAAGGAGGCUGAGGAGUGCUACAACACAGCAUUGCAACUAUGUCCCACUCAUGCAGACUCUCUCAACAAUCUCGCCAACAUCAAGAGGGAGCAGGGCAACACAGAGGAGGCUGUCAAGCUCUACCUAAAGGCGUUGGAGGUCUAUCCAGAAUUUGCCGUAGCCCAUUCAAACCUGGCUAGUGUUUUACAGCAACAAGGAAAACUCCAUGAAGCACUCAUGCAUUAUAAAGAAGCAAUUAGGAUAUCUCCAACAUUUGCGGAUGCGUACUCCAACAUGGGCAACACGUUGAAGGAGAUGCAGGACAUUCAAGGUGCUCUGCAGUGCUAUACACGGGCCAUACAAAUCAACCCUGCCUUCGCUGAUGCUCACAGCAACCUGGCCUCCAUCCAUAAAGAUUCUGGAAACAUCCCAGAAGCCAUAGCGUCCUACAGAACAGCCCUCAAGCUGAAACCUGACUUCCCUGAUGCCUAUUGUAAUCUUGCUCAUUGUCUGCAGAUUGUAUGUGACUGGACAGACUACAAUAGUCGAAUGAAGCGUCUAGUUCAGAUAGUACAAGAUCAGCUUGAGAAGAACCGUCUUCCAUCAGUCCAUCCACAUCACAGUAUGCUUUACCCCCUCUCUCACUCCAUGAGGAAGGCCAUCGCAGCCAGACAUGCCAGUCUCUGCUUAGAAAAGAUUAACGUGUUGCACAAGCCCCCGUAUCAACAUCCCAAGGACAAACUAUCAAGUGGUGGUCGUCUGAAGAUUGGCUACAUUAGCUCAGACUUCGGCAACCAUCCAACAUCUCAUCUGAUGCAAAGUAUUCCCGGUAUGCAUGAUCUACAGAAUGUUGAGGUAUUUUGUUACUCACUAAGUCCUGAUGAUGGAACCACAUUUAGAUCAAAGAUCGAGAGAGAAGCGGAACACUUCAUUGAUCUGUCUCAGAUUCCCUGCAAUGGCAAGGCAGCCGAUCGAAUCCAUGCAGAUGGAAUACAUGUACUCAUCAACAUGAACGGCUACACUAAAGGUGCUCGCAAUGAACUCUUUGCCCUUAGACCAGCACCUGUACAGGUGAUGUGGCUGGGUUACCCUGGGACAAGUGGUGCAUCAUUUAUGGACUAUGUCAUCACUGAUAGGCUCACCUCCCCAGUCUCUGUGAGCAAGCAGUACUCUGAGAAACUGGCAUACACGAGAGACACAUUCUUUAUUGGAGACCACAUGAACAUGUUCCCCCACAUGUUGGAGAAGUUUGUCAUCAAAUAUACGGAUGAGAAUGGCAAGAAGUUUGAGUACAUCUUAAACGGCACUGACCUCAGUGAAGCCAAGGAGAUUGCUACAAGUUUUAAGGAGGUAGUGCAGCAAGUGUUGCCUGGAGCGACUGUAACUGCCCCUGAUGGAAGCCUGAUGUCUAUGACUACCACGAUCCUGGAAGUACCCAAGACAGUGGUUACCGCACUCAACACCAUGAUGCAGUCAAGUCAGCCACAGACAGUAGUGAAGGGGGAUAUUGUCGUCAUGAAUGGACUCACAACAAGUCAGACCAGCAACAAGGAGGCUACAGGAGAAGAGGUGCCAAAUGGCAUCAUACUGACAACACGACAGCAGUACGGCCUUCCUGAAGAGGCCAUCGUGUAUUGUAAUUUCAACCAGCUGUACAAGAUCGACCCCUCCACACUGGAGAUGUGGGUCGACAUCCUCAAGAAUGUUCCCAACAGUGUGUUGUGGCUGUUAAGAUUCCCCGCAGUUGGAGAGGCCAACAUCAUUCUCUCAGCCACCAACAUGGGACUGCCAUCUGGGCGCAUCAUCUUUUCCAACGUAGCACCCAAGGAAGAACAUGUGCGUCGAGGCCAGCUUGCCGAUGUGUGUGUGGACACUCCACUGUGCAAUGGACACACUACAGGAAUGGAUGUGCUCUGGGCAGGCACACCAAUGGUAACCUUCCCAGGUGAAACUCUAGCUUCCCGUGUUGCCUCGUCACAACUCCACACUCUUGGGUGUCCUGAGCUAGUGGCCAAGACAAGAGAUGAUUACAUCCAAAUUGCCACCAGACUUGGUACAGAUGCAGAAUAUUUAAGUGCAAUGAAAGCUAAGGUAUGGACAGCACGUGAGUCCAGUCCCCUGUUCAAUGCCAAGACCUACUCUAGAAACUUGGAGAAACUGUAUGAACGAAUGUGGACCCGAUACGAGAACAACCUACCCCCAGAUCAUAUUGUGUCCCCCCUGGAAUUGAGGGAUUCUACCACACAGGAAUUCUGCAUGAACUGAUGAACAAUACUAUACAGCAGUUUCAUCCUGCAAAUAGCUUGGAGGUCAGAAGGGAUUUAAAGACCUGACAAUAUACCGGAAGAACUGAAGUAGCUGUGCAGGCUUUUACCUUUGAAAAUAUCCCAUGGACUGGCCACUUGAGUGAAUACAUCUCAAGAACAGACACAUGGAACUGUUAAUAUUGUCUAUAUUAUUGUAUAUAAUGGCCAUUUUUCUCAGAAGGGAAAUGUAUUUUCAUACUGGGUAAUAUCCCUGGAACAUUUAUCUUGAGGGAAAAGAAUUUCUUUCUGGAAUAAUUAUUGGUGUUUUUUUUUUGAAUGAUGAAUGAUGAAUUCACAAUAUUAUAGCUCUGCAAGUUUAUCCUGACAUGAUAUCGUCAUCUUUCAUCUGGUCUACUUUUCUCAUCAUCCAUCAUAUUGUUAUCACCCCAUUUAUGCUUUCUCAUUUUAUCUUUGCACAGAUUAUUGUUAUCACCGUACUGUAAGAUACCCCUUCCCCACCUGUUGUACAUAGUGCACUCCUGCUUAUAGGGUUUGUAAAUGAGAUGGAGUUUAGGUUAUAGUAUUUAUUUUUACUACUGUUGGGUUAAGCAGCUAUGUAAUUUUAUCUCUUCUCCUUCUCUCUCUCACAACCUGUGCUGUACAGGAGGUAUUAUUCAUCUCUUGAGUUUUUGCUUUGCGGUGAAUUAAAACUUUAAAAAUA